UUAAGUUGGAAGCGAUACAUUGAUUUUAUAUAUGGUGUAAACUUGUUUUAUCUCAAUAAUAUUCAAAAUAUUCGUCGCUCCUCCAAAGUAUUAAUGACCUUGAACUUGAUACGUGUAGACGAACGAUCAAAAUAGUAGAGCGAAAAUCUCUUGCUUGUUAGAAAUCUCGUGUUAGUUUCAAACCAAUUGUUGACAAAAUCAAAUACAUAGAACAGUAUGGAUCUUACACAAUAUUCAACACUAAAGGUCUUAAUGUACCUUUUGAGGUGAAAUGAUACAUUUGAGAUAUUGUUCAAAGAUUCAUGUUCGCAUUCCCAACGGAUCCUGUUGUGUCACGUGACCAAAGCAUGGAAAUGGAUUUUGGGUUGAUUGGUACGAUCGGUGAAGAUGAAGAGGUACCACUCGCCUCAGAGAGCUCUGCUAGCGAAGAUGAGGCACCUCAACCUUCAAAGAAGAAAAAGAUCAACCAUAAAAAGAAUCAUGGAAAGAAUCCUGAAUUUGAAAAUGGGUUUCAGUUUGUAGACCAGUCAUUUGGAGAUGAAUUUCUUGAAAACAUCGCAAUCCCUGGUCUGAAGCAAUCACAUUUAUCCACACUGGACGAAAAAAUUGCCCAAAUUGUUCGGAAAAAUAAAAAGAAGGCUAAAGAGCAGAAUGAAAGCAUAGUGGAUGGAGACAACAUACUUGGGGAUCUAGAAACUAUUGAAGAUACACCUGAUGGAGAUGAUGAAAGUGAGGAUCUAGACACUUCAUCAGGAGAGGAAAUGAUAGCAGAUACUAUUCGUGUCAAAGAAAAAAAGAAAAAGAAAAGAAAGAAAGAUGAAGAGCCUGAAAAGGUUUCAUUCUCUCAGGAUAUUGACACGUAUGAUGAGAAUCUUGCAUUCCAAGACAUGAACCUGUCCAGGCCCAUAUUAAAGGCUUUGGCUGCCAUGAAGUUUACAGCCCCAACCCCUAUUCAGGCAGCUACAGUUCCAGUGGCAUUAAUGGCCAGAGAUCUAUGUGCUUGUGCAGUUACUGGUUCUGGUAAAACCGCCGCAUUCAUGCUUCCGGUUCUAGAAAGACUGUUAUAUAAGCCCAAAGAGGCCCCAAUUACUAGAGUGCUUAUCCUAGAACCAACUAGAGAACUUGCAGUCCAAGUGCACCAAGUUGGCAGAAAACUUGCUCAGUACACCAACAUUGAUAUAUCCCUAUCAGCUGGUGGUUUGGACAUCAAGGCACAGGAAGCUGCAUUGAGAUUGGGACCAGAUAUUGUCAUAGCAACCCCAGGAAGGCUGAUAGACCAUCUUCACAACUCACCUAACUUUAAUCUCAAUAGUAUAGAGGUGCUAAUUCUGGAUGAGGCAGACAGGAUGUUGGAUGAAUAUUUUGCAGAGCAGAUGAAAGAGGUCAUUCGUCUAUGUUCCCGCACACGCCAAACCAUGCUCUUCUCAGCCACAAUGACUGAUGAGGUAAAAGAUCUUGCGGCAGUCUCACUGAGCAACCCCGUGAAAAUAUUUAUCAACUCAGCGACAGACACAGCUCUAAACCUUCGUCAGGAGUUCAUCCGAGUCCGAGAGCAUCGUGAAGGUGAUAGAGAGGCUAUCGUCGCAUCACUAGUCAGUCGUACCUUUCUAGAUCAUUGCAUAGUGUUUAUACAGACUAAAAAGCAGGUCCAUAGACUGCACAUUGUCCUAGGGCUACUCGGCGUGAAAGUUGGAGAGCUACAUGGUAAUCUCUCACAGUUACAAAGGUUAGAAACAUUGAAGAAUUUUAAAGAUAAUCAGAUAGACAUCUUGCUGGCCACUGAUCUAGCAGCUAGAGGACUUGAUAUAGAGGGCGUUAAAACUGUUAUCAACUUCACAAUGCCCAAUACUAUAAAGCACUAUAUUCAUAGAGUCGGACGCACAGCUAGGGCUGGCAAAUCAGGACGGUCAGUUUCACUGGUUGGUGAAUCCGAGCGUAAAAUGUUAAAAGAAAUACUGAAAAAGAAUAAAACUCCAGUUAAGAGCAGAGUUAUUCCACAAGAGGUGAUAUUAAAAUACAGGGACAGGAUAGCUCAGCUGGAGACAGAUGUAUUGGAAGUUAUGAGACUUGAGAAAGAAGAAAAACAUAUACGAAUGUCAGAAGCUCAGGUGAGCAAAGCUAGAAAACAACUAGAGGGCGAUGCCAAUCUUGGUGACAGACAGAGAACCUGGUUCCAGAGCCACAGAGAACGAAUGCAGGAACAAGAUGCUUUGAGAUUGGGGGACUUUUCAAAACUUCCAUCUAACAGUAAAAAAUUAAAAAAUAAGAUUAAGAAAAAAGAAUUCACGCCUGAUGAGCGUGUAGAAUUUGAAAUGACCAAGACUCAAGCCUUCCAGGCACGUCAUGCCAAGCGAGAGCGUCAACAGAAACGUAUGCAUGUCUUUGACGAUGACGAAGAUAAACCUAAAGGUAAGAAGCCAAAGAGAAAGCCCUCACAGCAAAGGUCAACAUUUGAGAGAGAGUUAACCAGCACAAGUGGCAAGGCCCUUAAGCAGAUCAGAGCUGGGCCAUCACGGUAUGAGAAGAAACAAGCGGCAGGAGGUGGUCAACCACAAAAAGGGGGAAACAGGGGCCCCAAGGGAAAAUUUAAAUCCAAAAGCAGGUAA